CUCCUGCUGCUGCUGCUGCUGCUGGACUUACAAAAGCACUGCUGCUCUCAUGCUUCAUGCAUCAAAACACUGUCUGUGUGCACCAGUGAAAACGCCCUGGUACUACUACUACUACUAAACCACAGCAGCAGCAUCCUCAUCUUCUCUCUGCAUGGACACAAUAUUCUAAUCACCAUAACCUGACCUCACAAAUCCAAAUGCAAUGUGGGUUGUGCUACUAACUAAUCCCUGGAUCUGGAUCUGGAUCCUGUAGAGCAGCAGCAGGAGGAGGAAGAGGAGGAAGAGGAGGACCAUGAUAUCUGGGACUGUGUUGCCAGGAGGAAGGUGGCUCCAGCUGGGACCUGUUGGUUGGAAAUGACAGCUGAAGAAGGCGGAUUGAAGCACAACAAUAAGAGAUAAGAGACAGAAGAGAAGCUCCUCGCAUCACUGUGGAAAGGACUCAACCAACUGGACCCCAUGGACACAUGCAAACUAAGUUUUGUGCAACAACCUGCAUGACUCAACAAACUGGACCCCAUGGACACAUGCUAGCACACAGAAGAAAUGUCAAAAAAGAUGGAGUCCCUGAUGAGUGCGGUGGCGCCGCGCUCCCCAGCCCCCGCCAAGAAGCUGUCAGAGGUGGACUUCCGGUCGGGGGCCACCCUGGACCAGCUGUCGGCACAGGUGUCUGAGCUGGUUGUGCUGGAACAGGGAGACUUCGGAGACCAGACCGCCUUAGAGGUCCACACCGCCAAGGACUUUAUCUUCAACAUGCUAGGCUUAGUCCAGAAGGUAGACCAGCGCCUCCCGGUGGCCAACGAGUACCUGUUGCUGUCAGGCGGGGCCCGGGAGGGAGUGUUGGACCUCAACCCCGAGGACCUGGGGGACUACGCCAAAGGGGCCGACUUUGACCUGGACUUCACCCUGCUGGUUCCCGCCCUCAAGCUCCACGACCGCAACCAGCCCGUCACCCUGGACAUGAGGCACUCCCCACCCUGCCACUCGUGGCUCAGCCUGCGCCUCUGCGACUCACACGUCAUGUCCCGCUGGAGCAUCUGCUGCCAGGAGGAGAACGGGUUUCCCACCGAGGAAGACGAGGAGGACGAGGGAGAAAUGAGUAAAGGCUCCAUGCACUCCCUGGACUCUCCUCAUUCUCUGGAUGGGUGCUACUUCUCUCCCUCCCUGGUGACAGACUGGUUCUGGGGGGUGGUGAGCGAAGCCGUGGAGGAGCUGAGGCGCAGCCCCCAGAGAGGCAUUCCCACCCCGGACCGACUGGAGAGGAAUGGACCCCUCACCACUAUCAUCCUCCAGGCAGGCUCUAGCCGGGUGCUGUACGACCUGCUGCCCGUGGUGUCGUUUCGGGGCUGGCCGGCUGUCGCCCAAGGCUGGCUGACCGCCAACCACUUCUGGGACGGUAAAAUCACCGAGGAGGAAGCCAUAUCUGGCUUCUAUCUGCUGCCCUGCUGCUCCCCGCUGGGCGGUCGCCCCGACAGGGAGUGGAGGCUGGCGUUCUCACGCAGCGAGGUUCAGUUGAAGAAGUGCAUCCCUUACCCCAUGGCCCAGGCUUUCCAAGCAGCCAAAGCCGUGUUGUCUCGUAUCCUGGCCCGUCCACGUACGGGCCUCAGCCUCUAUCACCUGCGUACCCUUCUCUUCUGGGCCUGUGACCGACUCCCCGGCUCCUUCCUGUCCAGCCCCGACGCCGACACCCCCGGCCGCCUCCUCCUGGGCCUCCUGGACGACCUCGCUCAUUGCAUCCUGGGCAAAAACUGCCCAAACUACUUCCUGCCCCAGUGCAACAUGUUGGAGCACCUCACGGACAGCCAGGCGCUGCUCGUCGCCAGGAAACUCGCACACGUGCGCUCGGAUCCCAGCGAGCACCUCCGGGCGGCUCUGGACCAAGCGCAGCAGGCGGGCCAGCUGAAGAAGGAGCUCACGGCGAGCACCAACGGCCACGGCUCCCCCGGGCACCAACCGGCUAACGGCAUCAUCUCCCCCUCGGAGGACAAGCUGGCGCAGCGGCUACAGCAGCUGGUCACCGAGAACCCCGGGAAAUCCAUAUCCGUCUUCCUCAACCCCGACGACGUCACCCGGCCGCACUUCCGCAUCGACGACAAGUUCUACUGAUGCAGACGUGCUGCAGAGAAGGCGUGUGGAAAUGUGUUUAGCUCACAAACACAAAACGCUCUGAGACGUCACAUCAGAGGGUCGGAGGCACUGGACGCUCCUGUUCACCAUCUUUAGGCUGAACAAUCCUACGAAGCCUUGCUGCUUGACUCUUUAAACCAAAAACACAAAUGUCCUACUACUGAGAAAUGACGUCGCACAACAGACAUGAUGUCACCGAGCUGUUGCCACGGAGACGGCCCUCUCCUAACGAGCUGGCCUUAACGAGACUUAUCAGCUGGUGCUACAAAGACGAGGGCCGGCUUUAGUCAUGUGAAAUAAGUCCACUGGAGCUCAAUUCAGUGUGUUUGAGUGUGUGUGUGUGUGUGUGUACAUGUACGCCUAAGGGUUUUCACAAAUUACUUUACACUUCUAAAGACAGUGGGAGAGAAAAGCUCCUUGAUUGCUGCAUUUCUCUCCUUUUUAUUUCAGAUCAGAGUGGGCGAUGGCUGGAUUAGAAAGGAAAAACAAGGUGUGGCUGAUGUAACUGAAUGUAACGUUGUGAGGAGAACUGCCGAGUCUUUGAACAAAGAGUCUCUUUUUCUCCGUCAACUACAUUUUAGCCCUCUUUUUGUUUUUACCCCCACGCCUCGAUUUAUGACAUCUUUUUCAUUUAAAAAAAAAAAAAAA